ACGUAUACAUAUGAGAGAUUUUUACGUGCAUACGUAUAGUUGGAUACUUACACUCCUGAUACUAUAGUAGUAUCUGCAUUCCUCUCGUUCGAGGUGUUUGCCACUAUGAGAAGUGACACGCGACACAUAGGCUAUGCGAUUAUCAUCGAAAAAUGAUAUGUUUGUUUUUCUGGUCAGCCUACGACUCAGCCCCGUCUGCGAUUCAAGAUAGAUUCUACGAUCACACUACUCUAUAAUGUUCCAGUCAGCUAGCCUAGUAUUUUCUCGGACACUCACUGUAAUCAGUAAUGCCUCACAUGAGAAACCUGACACGUCUCUCUGAAGUCUUGAUGAUUUUUCAUUACUGGAUAUCAAACGGGUAUAUAAUGUCCAAAAACUGUUUUAUUUUAUUAUAUAGUUGAGUGGAUUGUCAUGUUAUUUUAGAUAAAGUCUUCAUUUUUGAAGUAACGAUUUUUUAAGUGUCACUCAGGAUGAAUUUUUGGAUAACGCAUUGGUAGACUUGACAUUUUGAUGCGAGUUAUGGGGGAUUUACGAGUGGUGAGAGGUGAAUGUGCUGCCAUCAUAGUGGAGGCACAGGUUACUGUAGUUUAAAAUAAUGUGAGGUGUAUGAUGGAGCGCGUGAUGAUAUAACUACAAGUUGGGUGAGUGCCGUCUGGUAUCAGUAUGAUGUUCAAGGAAAACAUAUCUCAGUAUUUUCCUGGAAAUUAAUGUACUGUGAGUUAGGAGAGAGAAAGCACGAGGAUCAGAAGUGAACGGGACUAGUCUACUAUCUUGUUCUUUUUAUUUAAGGAAUUUCAACCUUAUGAUAAUAAACAAUACAUUUUGUUAUAAUAUAUCUCGUAACAUUACGAUGCGUGACAAGUGCAUACGAUUCUUUAUAAUCUACAAUGAUCAUCGUAAAUAGUCAUCGGACGUUUAGGAAGUCUCCGAUAAGUACGGUUUUUCUUUAUGUUAUUCUAAUCUGUGCCUUACCUGGACAUGUUGCACAAAUGAGAUAUCAGUUGUGCUGAUAUCGUGACAUAUACAACGCCAAUUGCAAUUCUUCGUUGUUAAACAGAAAAAAUGACGAUGUCAGUUAAACUUUUUGUCAUAUUUUUAUGUUUCUUUGUGAAAAAUAUUCAUGGAGGUUGUUAUCCUAACUUUUGUCACAAUGUUACGAGAUUUUCAGAAUCGGUGUCUCAUUACCCUUGCGAGCUAAUAAAGUUUCAGAGAAACAACAAUUGUAUCGACUUCAAGUUUAAAAACUUGGGAGGUAAACCUCAGGAUGGACAUUUUCCUGAGAAGUUUGAACUUAAUGCAUAUGUAGCAAAAGCUAAGAAUGUAAUUCUAGACCCAGCUUUUAAUUUUACUGUCAAGAAUGUUGGUUUUCAUGAAUUAGUCAUGAGAUACCAGGCUAUUGGAGAUAAGCAAUUGUCGGUAUGCAGUUAUAUACAUUUAAAUGAAAAUGUAACACAUUUAACUCCUACAGAGUUAUUCAUGUCCUGCCAAUUCUCCGACAUAUCUGCCGAGGGAUUACCCUAUAGCUUGGAGUAUCUAGUAGUUGGGAAAACUUAUACUUACAGUAGACAAUUAAAAUUCAUAGUUCCAAAACAUCGUGAUAUUCAAGCAAACAAAAUACAAUACUACACACCAUUCAUAUAUGUUGAUGUAUCAGUUUCAAAUUCUGUCAUAUUGUACAUACAACCUGCACCAAAAAGAUUCAAUGUUACGAGAUACAUAGUUUGGCUGAUAAGCGAUACCAAUGAUGUUAACAAAACAAUAAUUGAAACUGGCACAAGUGAAGAGCACAUUGAGCUACGUUAUUCACUGUUCGAAGGAGUAAAUUCGUUUGAAGUAGCUGCAAUGCAUCCAAACUGCAGUAAAAAUGGAUGUAAUAACAGUACAUUACCAUACAUCAAUCGAAACCGUGUACACAUAAUGAUAGUUCACCCUAUGUGGUCACUCUGUGCAAUACCAUUUGUACUAUUGUGCGUUGCAUGGCACUUAUAUAAAUUACAUAGAGAGCGAACAUUCGUCAAAAUGCUGAAAAAGAAACCAAACUGUCUACUGGUCUAUUCUCCAACACACGAGUCUCACAUCAAUGUAAUGGUACAAUUAGCAACGUAUCUUAGAAGCUGCAACAUUAAUGCAAUGAUCGACGUAUUGGACAUUCCAAAGAAUACAACAAAGAAUCCCUGUGACUGGUGUCGCCGUGCAUUUGACAAGGCCGAUAUUGUUAUCAUCGCGACAUCACCCAAGUCCGACGACACAAACGACCAUAUUAUUUAUAGGAACUUAGACAAUUACGCGCUUAGAUUACUGGAAGAAAAUUAUCCUCGUCGAAACAAACGAUAUUUGACGAUACAAUUUCCUUAUUGUAAGACUGACGACAUACCGGAAGAAGCAAAGCAUUUUAAGCGAAUCAAUGUACCGGAUGAUCUUGGAAAAGUUGUUAACACUAUAUAUAAUGUUGAUAUGCGUUUAGAUAGCGAAUCAAAGCAUGAAUUAUUAAAAAGCAUUGAAGACGCCUUGAGCAGUGUUCAGCAAGAUGUGACUGGCAGUCCUAAGGUCUAUAUCGAUUCUGACGCGAUGCCAUUGAUACCCAGCACAAACGAAGCUGUGGCAUCGUCAAAUGGUAAUAGAGAGAUGGAGAUAAUGGAUGUAGCUGAUUUGAAUUACGUUAAUGAGUCAGACGUCAUUCAUCCUGCGCAGUAUUGUAGAACGAACGUACAUGAUUUGUGCUGCCUUGGUGAGAGCCAAAAGAAAAAUGAAGACAACUUAAUGGACGACAUGGAAACAAGCGAUUCAUUCUAUAUCACUCAACUGAAAUUGUAGAUGUUUUUCUUUUGUACUUGUCCCCAAUUUUUCAAGUCUAAUUUUAUAAAGUGUUUAUAGUUUUUAAUAUUUA